GAGUUGACACAGUGUACUGUUUUUGUACUUUUAACAAACCGAAAAAUACCGUUAAAAGUGUAUUGAACGUGCUAAGUGUAAUAAUCCGCGUAGACCGGCGAGUUCGAAAUUGAAAAUCCCAACUACCUACCUGUUAUCAAAACCAUGAAGUUAUUAUUGAUCGUUUCUUUUUGCACAAUGGCACAAUGUGUCCCAAAACUGUCAAGUUUCUUGAAAGGCGGACCAAGUAUGAUACCGGAAAGCAAUCAACUUACCGAAUUCAAAUGUAACAUUUUUUACAGUGCCACAUUUCACAUGUGUUUAACCAAAAUCAUAUAUUUUCAAAGCGAGUUUACUGUAGAUACUAAACCCGUAUAUUUCACGAUGGACUGGAGAACCCGGAGGGACUUACCAACAGAUGACAUUUCCUUUGUAUCCGAAAUUGUGAAAACCAUCAAUAUCAUGUUCAAUAACAAUAUGGAAAUGGAAUCAGUUUGGCUCAUUUACAUAUGCAUGUAUAAGCUAAACCAAUUUUUAAAAGAUGUGGCUAGGAAAAAUUCUUACGACAAUAUUAAGUCUAGAACGGAAAAUUUAGCUAUGUACGAAUUGGUAGAAUCAACUUUGGCAACCGAUAUCAGGAAAACCGCGUGCAAUCAACAUGACUAUUUCAAUAUGCAGUCCGAAAACUGUGAACAUUUUAAAAAAUUUAAAGACAUAAUAAGGGAGGCCGGGAACAAUGGCAACCCAGCGAUAAUCGAGACAGUAAAAUCGAAUAAAUUCUUAAUAAAUGGUAAGAUAGAUAAUAUGAAAGGUCUCGCAGAAGAAGGCUCGGUAAAGUGGGGACUUGAUACUUUUACCGGCAUCGAAGUAUUAUAUUUUAAAAACAGAUACGGUCACCGCUCGUUUUUUAACAAUUAUUCAGACUACGUGGCAACAACUUCCUGGAGCCGCAUAGUCAAGACUAUAGAAGAUAUCAGAGACGGUACUUUUGUAGACGGUUUAAAAGGCAUAAAAUACCUAGGAUUAUAUCAAAUGACGGUCGUACGAGCAUUAAAAACAAUUUUCCUGGGUCUGACGUGGAGUUACGUUAGGGAUUUACCUAAAUGUUGUGCAAAUGAAUUUAUCGAAGUCGUACAGAGAUUUGUACAAUUAACCGCUUUAGAUGGUGACAACGAUUUCGGACUGUUAUUGAAAGUUAUGAGAAAAGGUUGUAACAAAGGGAUUAUACGACAAAUUGAAUCAACGCUAAAUGUUAAUCCGAUGUUUUAUUAUUUAGUUGUAACGGAACCGAAAACGACAAAAUCACAUACCGAACUGUUGGGUGUGAUACAGAGUUUUCUUGACAAAUUAGAUGAGACAUUUGGGUCACCAACGGUUUUUAUUCAUUGUUCUACAUUCAGUCGAAUGGCUCAUAACAGAAUUGUUUCUGAAAUCGACUACGUCCAUACAAUGCGGGGCUACAAGUAGAAAUUAGUCAUAUUCUAUUGUAGUUACAACAUUUAAUAUUUGUAAGAUUGGUCAUUUCAUUGUUUUUGUGUGUUUUCUUUUCCGGUAUCGUUUAAAUCGACAUUAUAUACAUAUAUAUAUUUAAAUUAUUUUUGUUUUAAAUCAAAAUAUAAAAUAGCGGGUCUUAAAAAUGUGUGUCUUUAAUAU